AUGGCCCCAGAGCAAGGAAAUGGAGUGGACGAAACACAGUAUUCUGUUAAGUUAAUUAGAAAGAAUUAUAUAUAUGGCAACGUUAACCAUAAAGUCAAUGUUUAUGUCAAAGUGCACAGAAACAGCCCCUAUCUUGUCUGCAUGGAUUUGUCUCUUUCACAAAGUGAAGUUAUAGACCCCAACUAUUUAUGGAUUGGACCAAAUGGACAAAACCUAAAAAGAAAACAGUAUGCGAAUCUUACAGAAACUGGAAAGCUGAUGUUGCUUGGUUUUAAGGAACAAAUGUCUGGAUCUUAUAUGUGCACGCUUUCUUACAGAGUUUUUCGAAAUGACAUGCAAGCAGAAGAAGAAAGAUUCAAGACCUAUAAAUUUAUGAUUUAUGCAUAUCGGGAACCAGACUAUACUUAUCGUGUAUCUGUUCACUUUACAACUAAAGAAUGCAAUCUAGCAGCUAAUAGACAAUUCUUUGAAGAACUACAGAAAAUCUUGAAUAAUUUGCUUGAUUAUCUGAAAUGCCACAUCGUUGAUUCAUCAUACAGAUGUUUUUCUGUCAAGCGACCCAAACAUGGAUUAGUAGAUGAACUAUUCAUUGUUUUUCAAGUAAAUCCAUUUGCCCCUGGCUGGGAGGUUAGUUGCCAUCAAAUUACUACUGACUGUGAAGACAUUACCAACAGCCAUGUACAUAAGGCUCGAGGGUUCAUUGAAAAGUUUUUCCGUGAACAAUGGUACAUCUUGAAACAUGAGUUUGUGAACAUCCCUGCAAUCCAUUACAUAGAUCACAGUUUCCAAGUCACUCGAUUAGACAGCUGUCGCCCAGGGUUUGGGAAAAACGACUUCAUCCACAAUGAUUGUGCAAAUUGCUGUGUUGCCUGUGACCCUGGAAGUUACAGCCCAAACAAUGACAUAACCUGCCAGCCUUGUACAAGCAUCCGGAUUAAACACUAUGGAGCAAAAUCCUGCUAA